CCUUCCGCCCCUGCCUCCUGGACACUGCGGAUUAUGCUCCGGCAGCGCACUUCCAAGAACAUUUCUUAGUUAAAGACGCGCGUUUUGCUCCGCUUUUUACGCACAGAUCUUUUUACGCACGGGAGUGGGUGAGACAUGACGGUGGACGGGGCUCCGGUGGGCCCCCCGGGGUUCGUCCCCCAGAAGGAGAUCGUGUACAACCGAAUGCUUCCGUACGCAGACCGUUUGGACGCGGAGGCCACGGAGCUGCUGGCGGACAUCAAGGCCAACCUGUCCAGGGCCGUGGCGCUCCGGGAGCUGUGGCCCGGGGUCGCCUUCUGGUGCAGGAAACUCUUCUCGUUCCUGAAGCUGUACGGCCGCAGGUUCAGCAAAGAAGACCACAUUCUGUUCAUUAAGCUGCUGUAUGAGUUGGUCACGCUGCCGGACCUUGAGCCCUACAUGAUGCAGAGCUACGCCAGGCUGCUCAUUCAGCUUCUAAAGAAGAAGGAACUGCUGUCGAGGGAUGACCUGCAGUUGCCAUGGCGACCACUGUACGAUCUUUACGAGAGGGUCGUUUACUCCAAAACUGAGCAUCUGGGUCUCAUCUGGUUCCCCAACUCAGUGGACCACAUUCUGAAGGCUUUGAUCAAAAGCUGCAGACUGUAUUUCCCCACGUCCUCCACCAGGGAGAUGCUGGAUGAGUGGCGCCCCCUGCUGUGCGUGUUCGAUAUGGUCAUGCAGAAGGCCAUCAGUAACAUGGAACUGUUCCUGCCCACCAUCAUGCCCGUGGAAGAGCACGGCCAGGGCUUCCAGUUAUGGUUCGAGGAGUUGAUGAAUCUGUGGGUGUCGGUGCAAAAUCAGCCGAGUUGGGAAGGGCACCUAGUGAACCUGUUUGCUCGCCUGGCCAACGAUAACAUCGGCUAUGUGGACUGGACCCCUUAUACUCCCACUAUUUUCACCCGGAUCCUUCGCAGUCUGAACCUUCCAGUCGGGGUCAGUCAGAUGGUGGCGCCACGAUAUCUCACCAACUCAUACGAUAUUGGACACCUGGUGUUGUGGAUCACAGCCCUUCUGGGUGGACCAGGAAACCCUGCUCAGAAGGAGCUGACCUACCUCUUCAACAGCAUCGCAUCCUUCUACCAUCCGUCCAAUCACGGCCGCUGGCAGUCUCGUCUGAUGCGGCUGCUUCAGCGUCUGCCGGCGAGCGUCGUGCGGCGUGUGCACCGCGAACGCCACGCCAUUCCCUGCUGGAUAACGCUGGUUCCUGAAUCCCAGAGGCUGACAGAUGACGACCUGAGAGAGUUCACGCAAAGUCUCAUUGGAGCCGCCCUGCUGGCCAUGUUCAGUAAAACGGGCAGUACCGACGCCGCCUACGCCCUGCAGAACCUGGCUCUGCUCACACCAGAACUCACCAUCCCUCCUGUCCUGGAGAAGACGUAUGCAGCGAUGGAAACCCUGACGGAGCCGCACACGCUCACAGCGACGCUCAGCUGCAUGAUCGGCAUGGCUCGCAGCCUGGUCUCUUCCAACAACAACUACCCAGAAGGCCGUGCACACGUGGUGCCGUUGCUCAUGGGCUCGCUACCAGGAGUGGACCCCAACGACUUCAGCAAGUGCAUGAUAACGUUCCAGUUCAUCGCCACCUUCACCACUCUGGUGCCUUUAGUGGAUUGUUCGUCUGCUCCGUCUCGACACAGUGACCUCACGGAGAUUGAAAAAGAUCUGUGCUUUGCGUCAGCUGAGUUUGAAGACUUCGUUCUCCAGUUCUUGGACAGGUGUUUUGCUCUGAUAGACAGCAGUACGCUGGAACAGACGAGAGACGAGACCGAGACAGAUACGCAGACUCAGCUGGAGAGUCUGGUGGAGCUGGGCCUGUCGUCCACCGUCAGCACCAUCCUCACACAGUGUUCCACCGAAAUAUACAAGGUGGCAUUGCAGAAAGUCUAUAAUUUCGCCACGUCCAACAUCUUUGAGACGUGUGUGUCGGGUAGGAUGGUCGCCGAUAUGUGCAGAGCUGCAGCAAAGUGUCAUCCCGUCGAGUCCCUGCGUCUGUUCGUCCCCCACUGCUGCAGCGUCAUUUCCCACAUCACCAACAACGAGGAGCUGCAGAAUGAAGAGGAGCUGGAUAAGGAGCUGCUGUGGAAUCUCCAGCUGCUCUCUGAGGUAACUCGUGUGGAUGGCGAGCAGCUGUUAAAAUACCGAGGGGACCUGGAGCGGAUCCUGCGGGUUUGCGUCCGCCUUCACUGUAAACGGGCGUACACGCUUGCCUGCAAUCUGCUGGAGCACACGCUUCGCUCACUGUCGCUCAUUUAUCCCACCGAGUACCGCAGCACCUCAGGGGGCUUCGACACUGACCUCCCCAUCCGGGACUGGGGCAGAGAUGGAGAUGUGGCAGCGCUUGGCGUAUGCUGGCAUGUGCCGAGUAAAGAGGAGGAGAGCUUUGUAUUCCAGCUGCUGUCGAGCCUCCUGCAACCGGAGCUGCAGCGAAUCAAGGACCACGUCUCUGGAGAUCAGCCAAUGAGCAGGGAGGAGCUGUUGCAGAGCCUGGCCAUCGUGCAGCAUUGCCUCCUUGGAGCCGGGACCAUGCUCCGGCCUCUGGAUGGACCGCACGUAUCUGACCUUGUGCCCUCCAUGGUGAAUCUGGGUGAGAUCAAACUGCAUAUAGGUGUUGAGUACGAUGAUUCACAGGAGAACUACAGAGAGUCCAUCUGCCAAACCAUGAGACUGCUGCUACAUCACAUUUUAGAGCACUCCGAGGACGACACCAAGUCACUUUUCGUCAUCAUUAAGAUCAUCAGUGACCUCAUGUUUUUCCGCGGUACUCACAAGAAGGAGUUUGACGCACGCUGGAAAAGCUUCACUCUCGUCAAGAAGUCCAUGGAAAACAGGCUUUAUGGGAAAAAGCAGCACAUUCGGGCACUGCUCAUUGACCGAGUUUUGCUCCAGCAUGAGAUGAGGAAGCUGGUGGUGGAGGGCAGUGAAUACAAAGUGGUUCAUCAGGAGAUGCUUUGUGACCUGCUGCUUUUGUCUACCAGCACAUACAGCCAGGUUCGCAGCCGAGCGCAGAGUGUGUUGAUGAUGGCUCUGGGAACGUACAGCUUCUCCUACAGAGAUUUAAUUCCCAGAAUCCUCCAGUUACUUUCACCUCAGAACACCACCGUAUCACAGCAGCAGUUCAAGGGUGCUCUGUACUGUCUACUGGGAAUGCACAGUGGGAUCUGUCUGGCCAGUAUGAGGGACUGGGACUGUGUGGGGGAGGUGUGGCCUGCCCUGGUCCGAUGUGGUCUGUCGCCCUCCAUGUCCCUAGAGAAGCCCUCCAUAUGUCUUCUGCUGGAUGACAUCACCGACCGGGUCCACCGACAGCACGACACCAUCGGGAUCUACUUCACUGUGUCUGAGAAGUGUGUAGAGAUAGCCGAUCAAAUCAUACAAUCCACAGAACCUGCACCUUCUCUAGAGCCGCCCACCGUAGAGGAGCUGAAGGAGGGGCUUCAGCGUCAGCGGAUCAGAAAUGUGGUCGCCUCCAGGAAAUAUGAAAAGCUUGUCAACGACCUUUUGGACUGCCUUGAAGACAGAGACCUGCCCUGGAAGUUUGAGCACAUGGCCACAGACCUGCUGUCCCUCCUGCUCAGAGACGACCACCCGCUGCCUUCUGAUGCCGUCCUCUACUUCACUCAGAGUCUCAUCCAUGACUCCAUCAGCAUACGCAAGGUGGCAAUAUCAGCCGUGGCCGGGAUCCUGAAACAGCUGAAAAGACCAAGAAAGAAAAUAGCUGUGAAACCGUCAGAGAUCAGUGGUGUAGAGGAUAUGGAGGGCGUGUGCGUUGGUGACCGCGAGGCCAAUCGCUGGCUUCAGUACGACAGUAAGAAUCUGCCUAUGUGUCAGGAGCAGUGGGAGGGUCAGCAAUUUGUGGAGAAGACCCACUGGGGGUACUACUCAUGGCCCAGAGAAAUGAUGAUCUAUGCAGCUUCUGAGAAACCAAAAGAUGACCUGCCGUACGAGGAGAUGAGUGAGGGUGAAAAGAUCAUUUUUGAGUAUUUCUCCGACCCAGAGUUUAUUGACCAGCUUAUAGAGUUUCUCUCUCUGGAGGAGCGGAAAGGGAAAGACAGCUUCAACCCCCGACGCUUCUGUCUCUUCAAGGGGCUUUUUCGUAACUAUGGCGACAUGUUCCUGCCGUUACUAUGGCCUCACCUCGAGCAGCUCGCCGGCGACCCCCACGAGAGUUCGCAGCGCUGUGUGUGUGAGAUUACAGCAGGUCUAAUCAGAGGCAGCAAACUCUGGAGUUUUAGCAAGGUGGACAAGCUAUGGCAGCUUUUGUGCCCCCUGAUCAGGACAGCAUUAACCAACAUCACAGUGGAAACCUACACUGACUGGGGCACAUGCAUCGCCACUGCCUGCGAGGGCCGUGACCCCAGGAAGCUCCACUGGCUGUUGGAGCUGCUGAUGGAGAGCCCCCUCAGCGGAGAAGGAGGCUCAUUCAGGGAUGCGAGCCUCCUCUAUGUGCUCCAGGGUGGUCUGACCCAGCAGCAGUGGAGGGUUUCUGAACUUCUGCACCGGCUGCUGGCUUACCUGGAGCCCAAACUCACCCAGGUGUAUAAGAAUGUCAGGGAGCGCAUUGGCAGUGUCCUGACCUAUAUCUUCAUGAUAGACGUGGCUCUGCCCCACACCCAGCCCACCUCCUCCCCCCACGUGGCAGAGUUCGUCACCCGGGUCCUGGAGAGGCUCAAGCCCCUCACAUCGGAGCCCGAGAUCCACAACCACGUCCACGAGGAGAACACCCGGGAGACGGACGAGCGCACCCAGGCUGUCAAACUCCUCAAGACGGUUUUAAAAUGGUUGAUGGCGAGCGCUGGGCGUACUUUUACCACUCCCGUUCAGCAGCAGCUGCAGCUCUUGCCUCUGCUCUUCAAGAUUGCCCCGGUGGAGAUUGAUGAGAGCUAUGAUGAGAUGAAGCAGGAUGCUCGCACGUGUCUCUCUCUCAUGUCCCAGGGCCUGUUGUAUCCUGAGCACAUCCCUCUGGUUCUGGCAGCACUGGAAGAGAUGUCCGUCAGCAGGUCAUGGCACGCCCGGUACUCGGUCCUGACCUACCUCCAGAUCAUGGUUUUCUACAACCUGUUCACCCUGCUCAAUGCGCCGGCUGAGGUCGUCCGCAUCCAGACGCUGGUGAUGCAGCUGCUUCUGGACGAGCAGCUCGAGGUGAGGGACAUGGCAGGCACCACCCUCAGUGGUUUACUGCAGUGCCAGUUCUUCCCCCUGGACUCCAGUCUGCAGACACAGCUCCAGACGCUGAGUCAGACUCGCCUCCCCAAGGCCAGAGGAGAGCUGGCCUCUACAGACCUGGUGCGACGCCACGCUGGCGUGCUCGGCCUCAGCGCCUGCAUCCUGUCGAGCCCCUACGACGUCCCUCAGUGGAUGCCUCAGAUCCUGAUGGACCUGAGUGACCACCUCAACGACCCGCAGCCUAUAGAGAUGACAGUGAAGAAGACGCUGUCAGAGUUCAGACGUACUCACCACGACAACUGGCAGGAGCAUCGUCAGUGUUUCACCGACGACCAGCUGCUGGUGCUGACGGACCUGCUGGUGUCGCCGUGUUACUACGCCUAGACGGCCUCGUCGGACCCCCACAGACGGACAGACCGAAGCCGCGUCAGGAUAACCACACCUCCUGUCGCUGUGGGAACGUAGCCGUCCACCGCCGCCCUCAACGACCUGUUAACACAACGUCUGACGGGGUUAAAGCAGAGCAAAGCGCUGCCUCUUGAACCUCACGUCGCCACUGUUGGCCUUUAGUAAACCCAGCAGGAAAGUCCUGAGCACAACGGUUUCUAAUAUUUAAUUUACUUGGUGUGUUUAUUGUUUUGCCAAGCAGCUCCGCAGCCCCAAAGGUGGCUUUUUAUAGACUGGAUUCAACUAAUCACCCACUGAAAUAUACUUCUCAGCUUAGUAGUUCAUUACAGUUUUAUUACCUUUUAUUAUGUUAAUACAUGUUUGAGCAAAUAUUAAAACAAACACAGAGGUGAGUAGUGUGAUCCUGUAAAUGUA